GAGCUUUAGUCAUCCCAAGAGGACUGUUCUUGUUUCUUAUCUUAGCUUUUACUUUUUGAGAGUUUGAGAACUUGAUAAUUUUCUUGAAAUGGGAAGGCAGCCAUGUUGUGAUAAGGUUGGAUUGAAACGAGGUCCAUGGACGAUUGAGGAGGAUCAUAAGCUCGUGACUUUUAUCCUCAACAAUGGUAUUCAUUGCUGGAGAGCUGUUCCAAAGCUUGCUGGGCUUCUGAGAUGUGGGAAGAGCUGCAGGUUAAGAUGGAUUAAUUAUCUAAGACCAGACCUUAAGAGAGGUGAUUUUACAGAAGCAGAAGAGGAUCAGAUCAUUCAGCUUCAUGCCCUAUUGGGAAACAGAUGGUCUAAGAUAGCUUCACAUUUUCCUGGUCGAACGGAUAAUGAAAUCAAGAAUCAUUGGAAUACAAGAAUCAAGAAGAAGCUGAAACAGCUCGGAUUAGACCCUCUGACACACAAACCUAUAGAGAAAAAUGAAGAGAAAAAAGAGCCCGAGCUCGAGCUGAGUUGUCCUAGUAAACAAGGAGAAAGCUUGGAGGUCAAGAAAGAGGAAAUUCAACAACCAAACUUGGAUGAAACAGAGCAUCUUGUAGACAAGUAUGAGAUGAUGGUGGGUGGGAACUUUGAUUUUGGGCAAUGGUUGGCGCAACAAACAAACACUAGUUCAUCUUACAGUUCUUCAUUUUCCCUGGAAGAAUUGAACUCAAACAACCAUUCAAUUCAGCAGGAGUCUCUGCAACAAUGGGUGGAUAGUGUGGAUUCUUUCCUUUCUUGGGAUGCCUUCAAUCAACUAGAAGAAAACAUUUUUCUCUUUGGAAAAUAGAUUUCUCUUUUUCAAAACAUACCCUUAAUUUCCUGCAGUCAUUUUCUUGAGUUUUUCCUUUUUGAACAUAAGCAAUUUGUUAUAAUUAAAGGGAUUAGGGAGGAGGGGGAAAUGGAGAAGGGGUUGAUGGGGCUGAUGGGGCUUAAAUAUAUAUAUCCCUACCAUAGCCAGUGGCUAUACCACUGUGUCCAUAACGUGAAUUUCAAUCUUUUUGAGUUUAUUUACAUUGUUUGUUAUAUCGCUUAAGAAAUAAAGUUGUUUGUAAAAAGUUAACAAAUCAUGAUUGUCAAU